CUAUUUAAGCGAUAUAUCUACAGUCCUACAGUAGAUAGGACUGUAUUAACCAGUCCUAUCUUCCAAAGCCUUGUCUAACUCUUUUAGUCUCAUCUUGGUAAUCUGACAGAUACAAAAGCUCAGAGAUUUGUGUCUUUCAGGAUCAAUCGAGGGAGAACUAUCGGGAUUGUAAUCAGUCCAAUCAAAAAUGUUGUUUAUUCCCUAGUUAAUUAUGCAAGCAAAAAUAAUGAAGCAAAGAUGCUACACAAAUUCUGCUUUCCUAUUACUAAGAAAAUAAAGUGUUAUGAUGAGGGGAUUCACUAGUAAAAUUAUUGAUUGAGAUUUGGUAUGAAGUAUGAACUUAAUGUACCAGAACAACCACAAAUUAAAAAGGAAAAAGUGCUUUACUUUAGUCAUAUGAGGCACUUGUGGAAGUAGCUUGCAUUUCUGCUUAAGUGGUUUGCCCACUUUCAUCUCUGCUGAUGCUCUAGUUUGUUUUUCUGCUACAACGGUUCAUUCUGAAAAGGCGGACUUUUGGAUAUCUGGACUUUCUUAAUCUGGAUUACUUUACUGAUAAUAAGCCUCAGACUGGAAUGAGACAAAGUUAGACAAAUGUAGCAUUUUGACAGUAACAUAAAAAAGUCCAGAUCUCUGAUUCUGUCAGGCAAAACCUUCUUGAUGAGGUUCAAGGUUUGGUCAGUUUCCAAGCUCAGCUCUCAGCAGCAUGUGCUCCCAGGACAGGAGUAGGUCCUCACCAAGAGCUAAUCACCAAUCAGAGAUGGACUUGGAGUAAGGCAGCAAUUUUCAAUAAAAACUGAUUUCGUCAUUUCUUUUACACACUUUCAGACUGAGGCAGCAAAUGUAUUAAGAUUCUGUAGAGUGUGUAUCUCACAAUUCGGGCUCACAUUCAAGGUUUAAAUAAAUCAGUACAGUACUUGAAAUUACAACUACUAACGCAUUAUUUCAAAGAAAACCUUUUGAGCACAAGGUUAAAUGCUUCUCUUAUUUUGAAGAUCACUUGAAGCCCUCUUCCGGAAAUAAAGGGUUACCGUAUUUUGGGGACACCCGUGGUCCAGUAGGGACGUUUUGAAGAACCGAGAGAAAAGUUGUUCUUGUGGGUGAAGGGUCAAAUCUGAGGUGUUUAUGCACUACAAUACACUGCUAGAAAUGUGUGAAGGUCCAACAUAUACUGUCCUAAACAAAAGGUACGAUGUGGGUGGGGACCUACUGGAACUCUCCUAUUUGUUAGCAGAAGCUGUGACAGUGGGGUGUCCUAAGCAGUUUUUGUGUGGGGAUUGAACACAGACGAGUGUGACAAACAAAGCUUUUAAAAAAAUCAGCAGAUGAUUGAAAGGAGAAGAGAAAAUCCUGGAUGUGAAUGGAGGCAGCUGCAAUUUGGACAGUAGAGGCUACCAAAAGACUGGCCUGACCUGACCGGCAUCCUUCUACAUACACUGUUACUGACGGGUCACCUUUGCCUCUGCAUUGAUUCUGCUUCCUAAGCCAUGCACCCCCAGCGUCCUCUUCCCCAGGCCAUGCCUUCGUCCUCCUUAGGGCAGCACCUGCGGGACAUGACCAUGGGUCUCGGAAGGGGCAAGAACUUCCUGGGAGGGAAUUUUUCCUAUGGUUUCAUCCAGUCGGUUAAGGAGUGUCUUUAUUUCCUCCUCUGUUGCUGGUGUAUAAAGGAGAUCCUUGACUGAAGGACCGAAAGAAAGCACAAGCUGUAAACAUUUGACGUAUUGAACAUUUGCUCUGUAGAAUGCAGUUUUAGAAUGCAUUUCUUUGGAGCGUAUGAAGAAUGUUCUUGGAAAAGCUGUGGUGAGUGAUCUCUUGUACAAUUGUGCUCUUACCAAGCUAAAUUAUAUACUUUCUUUAUAUUUAGAUCACUAAGCAAACCGUUUUUUCCUGAUGACAAUAUUCCGUUUUUGUUUUAGUGUCCACAGGAUGUCCACUUUGAGGUUUGAGGAAUCAUUCUUCAAUGCUAUUUGACUGAGGUCAACAUUUUAGAGCAUCGCUCUGAAGAUCCUGGAGUUUUUGGACUGUUCUAACCUGCUUUUCCUUGAUGUGCCAAUAAAUAAACAAAAUAUUUCUACCUUCA